CGCCACAGUUGCAACUGGCGCAAAUCUCAAGACUCGCCAAUAGGGCACAUUGCAAGAGUCCACAGGAUGGUGGUGGGGCCCCCUGGCGUGCGUGUGCUGCACGGCUUGGUGGCGACGGUGGCCUUCUUCUUCUGCAACUUCUCCACGUUGGAAGCCGUACUCUUGGAUAUACUCUUGGACCUGGGCAGUCGCAUCGUGGCAACAGCGCUGGUUGUCCCUGUCCAUGUGUCGAGCAAGUACGUACGUCUAAAGGAUCCGACGUUUCAUUUGAACGGAGAUGCUCCGCACAUUCGCUUUGACCUCGCGUACACGUCGAACCUCAAGUCCAUCACCAAACUUUUCCACAACCCGGUGCUGUUCCAGCAGCUCCAAACGACUGCAAUUCGACCCGCCAUGCGCCGCGUGCUACCGUCGUACGUGCUUGAGCAACGCCGUCUCAACGAAGAGGAUAACGCACAUCACAUCAAGACGACCUCGUGUGCGAUUUGUUGGGAGUCUUGCGGUGACAUCGAUUUUUGCUCCAGUCCACCUCACCACCUUCCUUGCGGGCAUGGCUUCCACCUGUCAUGCAUCCGCGAGUGGAUGAAGCGAGAUGCCACGUGUCCAUUGUGUCGCCGCGCCCUGCCGUCUGUCCAAGACACGUUUGAAAUUGACCACGUCGCGACUACACUCAUCCCUUCGAACAGCCGACUCUCCCGCGGGGAAAUGGUCGUCGUGCUCAAGAGAAGGCGGUCAGAAGUCGACUCGAACAUGGGUGGGUUCCCCAUUCGAUGCACGGUGGACGGACAUGUGCUGUCGAUGCUCCAGUGGCGCCGCCUGGGGUUGCGGUGGUUCAAGGUCCUCCUUGACGACUGGUUGCGAGAGUAUGUACUGCAAAUUGUGGCCUUUGCCUUGUGCUACAAGAGUCUCCUGUGGGGGGUGUCGUAUAUUGCCACAUGAACUGUCCACCCUCCACCCCAACGAUUUUGAUAUUUAACGCCAUACUGUACCAUCAACCCCAUAUUCUACCGGUGUACAAUACUUGCCAUCAAGAGAAUAUAAUAUUUUUCGACCAUGCA